CUUAAAUUAACCAAACGGACAAAAUUACCCCUAACUUCCCAAAACGUACGCCCUAAUCUCCAAAUACGCCCUAAUAUCCAAAUCAGGCACCCCAAACCUGCAGUUAGCCCUGGAUGACCGUCGCCAACUCCUCCCCCGCCGGCGUUCUCCGAAACCCGCCGUUCGCCCUGGAUGACCGUCGCCCCCCUUCGCCCUGGCAGUCCGUCGCAUGGGAAGUCAAAGUUCAAUCGUCUCUACAGUUGUGGGGGGCGAAGGGAGGAGUGAUGGUGAGCCCCAAAGCUGUCGUUCGCCCUGGAUCUGAAAUGGAAAGAAAUCUUGCCUGGACGACCGUCACUACAUUCCCCGUCGCCAUCGUUGCGCCGUUUACCCUGGAAGUCCGAGUUCAAUCCUCUCUGGUGCGUUAAUUAGUACCUCUAAAAAACUGGGCGAAUUUAUGAUUUGUAUUUUGUAGUACUUAAUAUCUAUUUUACCUGCCAAUUAUUUCUCCCUCGCUAAACAAUUAUUUCGUAGUUUUUCUCACAAAAAAAACUUUAUUUCGUAGUUUCGUUUAACAAAAAGCAAUUUUGUUGGGCUUUGUGAAUUGUGAUUGCACACUAGGGGUGGUUUAGAAGUUGCGAUUGUUAAAUAGAUGUAUUGUUGAGAAUGCAUGUAUAAUAUUAUACAUGUAUUGUCGAAUUUGAUGCAUUGUAGAAUACAACGUUUGGUAUGUG